AUGAUGCAAAACAAUCAGUUUUUACAGUUACCCAACCAAAAUUAGAGCCCUAAUUUUGGAGGUGGAGCUCCAGCACUUAGUCUUGACAAGGCGCAGUCAUCUUACACAUAUGCCAGCAAGAGAGCCAGAAAACAACAUUGGUUUAAUCAGAUGAAGCAUAAUAAAAAACUGGAGACUGAAAUGCUAUUGAAAAAUUAUAAAUUAGACAGCCCUUCGAGGUCUUUCCUAAUAACUUUGUGCGGGGUAUCUGGAGUUCCUUUGAAUGCAAAUAUACCAGAGUAGGCACCUAUACAGGGAUCUAAGUUUCAUGUUGAGUACUAUAUGACAUUGUUCAACAGUGAGCUAGGCUCGCAUGGAUCGUUCUACGGUAGGACAUAUAGAAGUUAACCUAUUGAAAUUAAUGGUUCUUCUAUAUAAAUUGAUACCAAGCAGGAGGAUUAUGUAUAUUUCCAUACCAGUUAUACUGAAAAAACUUCCAAGCUAGUGGUUGAGGUCGUUAUUGUGAGAGAAUUUUCAGGUUAAAAAACGUAUUCUUCAGCUGGCUUUGCUUUAUGUCCAAUUUUUGAAUUUGGAGGAAAGACUUUAAUUGAAUUAACCAAAGGCUCUCCGAGAUCAAUUGCAUAAACUGGUCAUAUUCCUCAAGGAAAGAGUCCUGGUAGAUUUUAGUAUGAGAUAAGAGACUUUGCUCCAAUUGAUCCUUUGAAGAUACUCAUUCCUAAGAAUUGCUUCUGCUCACCUCAUGAUGUCGUCCCAGGUCUUAUAGGUGAUAAACCACCUCUGCCCAGAAGCCCUAACAAAAAUAUUGGAGAAAAUAUUAAAUGCGAAUUAAUGAAAAAAGAGAACAUUCAUAUUCACAAUAUCUAGGUCAUCACUAGUAUAGCUUUUGAAAGCAGAUUUGAGAACUUCUUAAGAAGAAUGAAGCAAGAAAAGAUGAGAACAGCAAGAGGACAUAUUCACGGUGGAGUAGAUAAUGUCUACAUAUCUGAAAGAAGAAUACUAGUAUCAGCUAAUAACUCAUGGCAAAAUAUUUGCACUGAAAGCCAGAGCACAUUAAAUCCUCCAAAUGAGAAUGGCAUUAGUAUCUCUGGGGGUUCUAUUACUUUGAAAAAUUUUAUUUGCCAUCCACUGGUGGCAUUAGUGUUCAGAAUAGAGUAUAAGGCAAUGCUUCCAAGUGAGAAAGGCAACGAUUCAUUUUACUUUACAAUUGGCUGGACCUAUCAUGUCCCAACUUUUAACAAUGCAGGGGGACUCUAGGAUGAAACUAUAGAAGCAGAUGUGGAACUAGGACCUGGUUGCGUACCCUCAGGAGAGCUUCUCUGGGAUCCUAAUGCUGAGGACAUCAAUUACUAUUAAAUAAAACUAAAAGCAGUUGUAUCUGCAAAUUCAAUUGCUCCAAAUGAAUUAAUGGAUCAAAGCUAUAUUCCAAAUAGAUAAAAUGCUCUUAAUUAAUAGCAUCACCAAAACCAUAACUAGAGACCAAUGAUAUAACAGCCGAAUGCAAUAAACAACUUAGAUAAUCCUGCAAUGGCACAAUAGCAUAACUAAAUUAGGCAAUUAGAGUUGCAACUUUAACAUUAGGCUAAGCUAAAGCAAGAGGCUGAUGCCAGAUUUGAAAUGCUCGAAAUUUAAAGACAAAAGGACUUGAAUGCGAAUCACCAAAUAAAUCCAAAUGAUGCAAUGGAAAGAAAGUACAGAGAAGAGCAAAGACUAUUACAGCUCUAGAAAAAUCAAGUUUAGCAAGAACUAGAGUUGAUGCGUAAAAAUAUGAGAGACUACUAAGACUCACUUAAAUAAGCUGCUAUGUCUCAAACUCAAAACAUGAUGCAGGGCUACUAAUAACCUUACAUGUAUCAGCAGUAAUACCCUGGCCAGGGUGGUUAUAAUACUCAAUAAAUGUAUAACGAGAAUCAUCCAUAAAAUUCUCAACAAUAAAUAGCAAUGAUAGGAAAUGUCUUUUAUAACAUGCUCAAUAUGAUUGGUGAAACUGAGAGGGAUAGAAGAAUAGUGGGUCUAUCAGAUAAGCUUAAGAAAAUGAUCUAAAACUAAAAGUUUGAUGAUCUCCUAGCCCCUAAGGCACCAUUUGUUGGAGCUGGAAUGAUAAAUUUACUUAGAACUACUGAUUUACCACUAAGUGAUUAGGUGAACAUCAUGAAACUAGGGUAAGGAGAUUUACUUUAGCAUCCCACUGCCUAAAUCACCUCUGACUCUAUAUAUAAAGAUGUAAUGUCACUGGAAGUAGAAGCCUAAGAUGAACUCAAGGCUUCAACAAUUAGAUUCAAGUUCUUAUGCUACAAAUCAGCAGUAAAUAGCAUCGAAAUUCCUAAUAAGCUUUACUUCUAAUUCAAAUUCUUUACCUUUCCCUCACUAAUAUCGGAUAAAGUGAAAAUUGUGCAUGCUCCUGGGCAAGAAAAUUAUAUCAGACACGGCUAGGUCUUCUAUCUUCAAAAGGAACAUCCUGGUGCGAAUAAGUCCAUGAAUGCAGGAACCUAGUUGCAGAAAUAGCUGAUAACAACUGAUACUCUUCAUGACCCUAAUCUUUUAGAGAGCAUUUUCGAAAUUGAUCCUUCUCUCUCUAAAAUCAAAAAUGAAAAUAUGAAACUAGCUGGAUAUCUAAGAGAGAGAUUCUUGACAGUUGAUGUAUUUGAUGGUGAAACUCUGUUUUUAUUUGGUACAUGCAAGAUCCCUCUUUAUGAACUAUUAAGAUAAGGUAGACAAACUAUAGUAAGAGCUAAGGAGUGUGAAAUGUGCGACCCUGACACAGGAGAAUUUAGAGGCUCAAUUUAAUUGAUAAUGAGUAACUAGGGAAAGUAUGUAAGUAUCAAAGAAAUCUAUGAUCAUAAGAUGGACACUCUGAAUAUGAGAGAUGGAAGUCCGACAAAAUCGAGACUUUAGCCUAGUCAAAAUGAUCCUAAUAAGCAAUCCAAAUACAGAAAAGUCAUUAAAUCAAAGCCAAUGGACCUCACAAAAAUUUAGCAAACAAAUAAUGAAACGAGUCUUUUAGCUACUCAUGUAGGAAUGAAUACUAACUACAACUAAUCAAUAAUCAGCCAGAUGAGUCAUCAAUAGCUAUCAGCUGUAUAAUAGUAAAAUGCAGACUUAAGAAAGAAACUUCGUGUUGAUAGGGUUAGAAAAAUGACAAUAGGCCAUUCUGAGGCAUCUGCUGCUUACACAUAAGUUGAUGAUCCUUCAUAACCAGACUGGGCAAAACAUAAGUCCUUAAAAGAAAUAGAGGUCAUCAGAGAAACUAAAAGAGAUCAAGUCCUUUCAAAGGUAUUAGAGGAGUAUACUUAGACAACUGAGUAAGUUAGUGUUGUUCCAGGACAAAUAGAAUUCUACAAAUGCAAGAUUUAAAAUCCCUUCAAUAGCAGAGAAGUCUUUUCUAUUCAUAUUAAUGAUCCAGACGAAAGACUACUAAGCCAGCCAGAAUUGUGUUUAGUCAAUGAUCCGUUAGAAUGGAGGCAUUGGGUAAAAUAGGGAAAGGGAUAAGCACCAUUUUCUUACGACAUUAUCCAGAGGCCUGCAGAUAUAAUCUUGAAUCCAAUGGAUGAAGUUGAAUUACUUUUCAAGUUCAUGACUACUAGAGACGUUUCAAUAGAUCCAAAUGAAUUAGCUUCAUAGGACAUUAUCAAGCCAAGAAAAAUAGGAAUAAUCAUAAUGCAAACAAACAGAAAGCCUCAUUUGGCCCUCGAACUUAAUGUUGUUCCUUCAUCAGCCAUCAUUGAUCAUACAUUUAGAUUCUAUGAGCCUUAGAACUCACAUGUCACACUAUAGAUCCCACCAUUCCUUUAACUUUAUCAGUAAGGCCUCUUUGCGAUUGCUUCAAAGCCAAAUGUGGUUGUUGAUAUAAAUAGAGACACAUCAGGAUUUCAAGUUGAAGCCUAGACCUCUGAUGCACCAUAUGAGGUAGAUAUUAUAAUAUUUGUCUAUGGAGAUUAGUACCGAGAAAAACUCUUAGCCACUUGUUUGAUCGAAAUUUAUUCAAUGAAAACUCUAUAUACGAAGAUAAAAGCAGGUGUGCAAAGCACUUAAAGCCUUGAACUAACAGCUGAUAAUGCUAGAUAAGUACUUAUUCAUUCUAGCAACCCCAAGAUUGUAUACAUGCCUAGAAGAGAAAUAGGAAGGCCGCUAAAGAUCGUUCCAUAAAUGGUAAAUCACAUCAGUAUUUGUGCUAAGACCUAUUUACCAACAACAUAGAGAGUUAGAGUUAACUGCACAGAUAUGAAUUCAGGUGAAUUAGUGUACCAGUGGCUAAUGAUUAUAGACGCAGAUUAACCCAAAGUUCAUAAAAAUGAGAUGAUCAGUACCAAGAUUAACUUUUCUUCAACUCAUGAUAUGUUUUUCGAAAACAGACUAGAAAAUCCAGCCAUUUAUGAAUUCGCAACCUCGAGGCCUGACUUAAUCUAAAUUAUUCAUGAGAAACUUGAAUAUAAACCAAGAGAGACUAGAAAAAUAUCACUUAAUAUCCUUCCUCAGAGUAGAUUUGGAGUAAUUGAUGUGUUCCUCUUUGCUAAUGAUUUGGAUUAUUAGGCUAUGCAAUGCAUUAAACUAAGUAUCACUUACCUGGAGCUACCUUGA